ACGUUGUACAUACUUGCACGUUCUUGGGCGCUGCGCGCACUGCUGCUGCUUCUUAGUUUCUUAUAAAAAGAGGCAGCCAGUAGUGGCGAGCACCGGUCAUCGCACGACGGUGAAUAUCGUGCAGAUAGAUAGAUAUACAGUUGAUAUAGCAGCAGUUAACGGAUACGCGACGCGCAGUACAUGCACGGUACAACGGAGGCCGAAUCGCGCGCGCCUCUCCUACGCACCAGCCGCAGUUAUUACAAUAUUUGCCCAAUACAUAGAGCCGAGAAGGAAUGUCUCUUACUGCUGAUCAUGCUCGCUGCUACGUCUGCUGCCGUUCGACAAGAAGAAUAAUACAGGAGGAGCCGCCGGCCCGAAUGGAAAGCAGUAGUAGAUCAUUGUUAUGCACGAUAAUAACGACGCAGCAGCGGCGUAGAUCGCUUACGCGACACCAGCCACGACGACUUAUACUCGGGCCCGGAAGCGCCGCGACGUUAGUCAAUUUUUUCGCCUGUCGCUCUGCAAACACGUGAUAGCUGAUCUCGCUGAAGCACGACUACUGCCAACGAGCCAUAACCUCGUCGAGCUGACACGCAUAUCCUAUAUCAUUAUAUAGAUAUUUCAUUCAUCGAAUAAAAUUAUAUACAUCGUUGUACUACAUGAGUGCGAUAAGAGUCGCAGUCGAGACUCGUUUGACACCUCAGCCGCCGAUCAGCUGUCGAGGUAAACAAAAGGCCCGCAGCAGCAGCAGCAGCAGCAGUAGCAGCGAUUAUUAUGGAGCAGCGUCAGCUGCCGCCCAAUAGCGCUCGCCGUGGACACCAGCAUCAUCCCAGAAAUGUCGGUCGACGUCGUCCGCCGAUUAUCCUUGGCAGCGGAGCGAACGCCACGACGACGACGUCGUUAUCGUCGACGACUGCUGCUUCGAAUACUGGCAGCGGUGGACCCGCGCAGUGUGGCCCCCUGCCAGUUGACACGAGGCAGCAGUUUCUUUUGAACGCCACCACCACCUCCUCGAACGUCGUUUCCUCGGGUUUUGUCGGUGGACCCGCGCAGUGUGGCCCCCUCGAGACUGAAAAGAAUGACACCAUCACAAUCGAGUCGUCUCGUUGCACGACUCGAUCGGCUGCUGCUGCUGCUAUGCUUGCAGACAGAAAAGCACAGCAGCAGCCGCGACAACAGCGACCGGACUCGCUCGGGCAGGUCCCGAGCAAUGUCUUGUCGAGUCCCGAAGAUAAGGACGACAACGACAACGACUACGGCGACUUGACCAAGUCAAGCACGAUCAGUCGUUCGUCGACGAAGAGCAGCUCCUCGGAUAACGAUAAAUCCGGCGUGAGCAGUCCCGUUCUCGAGCACGCGGACGCGAGAGAUCGGGGCGAUGGUAAUUCUGACGAGGAAACUAGCCCCUACGUCGAGGAGGACCCCGAGUUCUCGGAGUUGUCCAAACUCAGGUGCUCGAGCGUAUGCACCGAGGUGGUGGCGGCCAAGGAAGCCAGGCGAAGCAAACGAUGCGCCGAUUAUCCUGGCUUCGCUUUUGGCAUCUCGAUGUUUGCCAGCGAUACGAUGAUGAAAUUCAGUCUCAUUAAAAAUGAACUACAGAACAUUAAAAACAGUCAAAUGAAGAGGGCUGAGUCUGAAGUCGCAGCCCUCAACCGACGCAUCCAACUCCUCGAGGAAGACCUCGAAAGGUCAGAGGAACGCUUGGCUACGGCAACUGCCAAGUUGGCCGAAGCCUCGCAGGCCGCUGACGAGAGCGAACGCGCUCGAAAAAUCCUCGAAAACCGAAGCUUGGCAGAUGAAGAGCGCAUGGACGCCCUGGAAAAUCAGCUUAAAGAAGCCCGUUUCCUAGCAGAAGAAGCCGAUAAAAAAUACGAUGAGGUUGCUCGUAAAUUGGCCAUGGUCGAAGCUGAUCUAGAACGUGCUGAGGAGCGUGCCGAAGCUGGUGAAUCAAAAAUCGUCGAACUUGAGGAAGAACUCCGUGUCGUUGGCAACAACCUUAAAUCUCUUGAAGUGUCGGAAGAAAAGGCUACAAUGAGAGAAGAAUCCAUUGAUAGACAAGUCAAGAUCUUGGAUAGUCAAUUGAAAGAGGCUGAGGCUCGCGCUGAGUUUGCUGAAAGAUCCGUGCAGAAACUCCAGAAGGAAGUUGACAGGCUUGAAGACGACCUUGUUGGCGAAAGAAAAAAAAACAAAUUGCUGCAGGAUGAGAUGGAGGCUACCCUACAUGACAUCCAGAAUAUGUAAACACACAUGCGCUUGAUUAUCCCUGCGUGCCGUGGUUUAUAAUGUGGUGCAAAACGUCUUAACAGAAAACUGAGGGACAAAUGUAACAAAACAUAAUAUAAAAACACUGCAGUCUUUAGUCGUACGUGUGUUGCCUUUGCCACUCUUUACCGAGAGAGAUCUAACCUUGUAUUGAAAAAAAAUCAAAGCAAAGCGACACAUAUACCAUAGAUGGAAUUAACGAACGAAGAUCUAUUCGAGAGGAUUUAUGUACAAAAACGUUUACAUAUACCGUCCUACAAAUUAAACCGAUUCGUGUGUUAGGCUAAAUCACGAACGCAUUUUCAGUGCAUCUACUCUACACUAAUGAUUCGCGUUUAUAUUUGCGCUCAUUGAAAUUAUAAUUGAAACGAUAUAUUUGGAUAUUACAAUUAUCACUUAGUUUCGGUAAUUUUUAGCUAAAUUAAAAACUACCGCUUAUGUGUAAUAAUCAAGCAAAGUACCUAAACCUAAAUAAUAGGUUUCAUUAGAAAAUCUAUUAUAAAAAAUUUUUUAUUUAUCGAUUAAAUAUUCAAAUUAUUACCUACAAUGAACUGACAUUUGAUAUCGCAGGACGAGCUUUUACGCUUUUUGUAUCAAAUUAAACUAGAUUGAUCUUUAGUUAUUGAAGUGCAAAUAAAUAAUGCUGCAUCGUGCAAUUGUAAAAAAAAACAUAAAUUCAAACAUUCCGUCGAUUGAACUUCCAUUGAAUGUAUCUCUAGUUUAUUAUAUAUACUGACGCAAUUCGUGUUUCGGUUAUGUUCUACUAAAUCCGGGUUGCGUUUAUUGUUGCUUGCUACUGUAAAGUUAAACGUGCUAACUUCUUUAUUUUUAUACAACUUGAGAAAUGAUAUAGUAUGUAUACUUUUUAUUUCAUUAAACACGUAUUUUGUUUCUAUUGUUCGUUCUUUGAGAUUAUAGUAGAUUUUGUAAUUUAUAGCAUUAUAUUGCUUUGAAUAAUUUUUAGCCGUGUAUACGCAGAUUUAAAAAUUUAAAUCGAAAACAAUAAUCUCCCUUACACAUGUGAAUAAUCAUAUUCGUGUGUACUUUGAACAUUGUUGUUUAGAUGUGUAAAUCACAUUUACCUUACUUUAAUGUAACUUAUGGAAAGUAAUUUUAUAAAUUCCGGUAUUUCAAAGUCUGAGUAUUGUAAAAUUAUAACCACAACUUUCAAUUUAUACAAAAUUAUGUAUAUUUACAUAAUAAACAGGGCACAUAAAAGAGGGCAUCAAUUCGUUUUGUACUAUAUACAUUUCUCUAUGUUCAAGCCUAGAGUCGUUUAUGUUUUUCUUCUUGCGCGAUGGCGUUAUUGCCUUUUAUCAAUAAACUAAAUGUAUGAAUUUUGAAAAUAAUGAAAAUAAUGUAUACAUGAAUACGAAAGUUUAUGAUCAAAAAAUAGAUAACAGGAUUUACUAUAAUACAAGACUCUACGCGUUCAGUCGUUAUUUUUUUUUAUUAACUUAAUAUAAUUAGUGAAUUUAAGAAUUCUAUGAGAAAAAUCGAAAUAUAUCGUUUAAUAUGUUGAUCUACUUAAUAAAAUAAACUAUUGAAAUGAUCAUAACACUUUGUAAUAUUAACUAUAUUGCUACAAUUAUAAAUAUGUUUAUAAUAUAUAUUUUGAUUUUGAA